AUGCACAAGCUGAGCGUGGAGGCACCACCCAAGAUUCUGGUGGAGAGAUACCUCAUCGAGAUUGCCAAGAACUACAAUGUGCCCUAUGAGCCUGACUCUGUGGUGAUGGCUGAAGCCCCUGCAGUUGGAGAGGCAGAUCUCAUUGACGUGGGGUUCACAGAUGAUGUGAAGAAGGGCGGCCCUGGAGGGGGAGGAGGUGGAUUUACAGCCCCGCUGCUUGGUCACGACGGACUGGUACCCAUGCCGGUGAUGAUGCCUAUGCCUAUGCCAACACCAAAUCCUCCCUUCGCCUACCCUCCUCCAAAGGGGCCGGAGAACUUCAAUGGCCUGCCAACCGGGACCUACCAGCCUUUCGCUAACAUCCACCCGCCCUCGAUUCCAGCAACCCCACCCACAUACGAGUCUAUCGAUGAACCUAGUGCUGACCAGGAUUGAAAUAUUUCUCUACGAAUAGGGCCUGGGCCCAAGCCAGAACCUAAACCAAGAGCUGGAGCUCCCACUCCCGUCGAUAACUUCGUGCUGCCUGAGUUGCCAUCCGUGCCGGAUACGCUGCCAACAGCAUCUGCUGGCGCCAACUCCUCUGCCUCUGAAGACAUUGACUUUGAUGAUCUUUCUCGGAGAUUUGAGGAGCUAAAGAAGAAGACAUAA